GGAUCCGCGCGCCCCACGGCAGUCUGAUUGGUGGAGUCGCUCAGGUUCUGGGUGGGGGGCUCAGCGCUCGGCUCCUUCGGUUCAGCACCGGUUUGGUUACAGCGGGGCUGGGGCAGCACUGCAACCAGGCCUUCGGACUCGUCUGUAGCUGGGCGCUCCAGUCCGGGGGCUGGGGCAGCUCCCGUCGCUCCCGGUGCCGCCGUACCCCUCUCCACGACCUGAGUCGGGCAUGUUUUCCAGGGCCCAGGUGAAGCGGGUCCUGCAGCGGGUGCCCGGGAAGCAGCGAUUCGGCGUCUACAGGUUCCUGCCCUUUUUUUUUGUCCUGGGAGGAACGAUGGAGUGGAUCAUGAUUAAACUGCGUGUGGGCCAGGAGACCUUCUAUGAUGUCUACCGUAGAAAAGCCUCAGAACGACAGUAUCAGAGAAGGCUGGAAAAUGCAUCAGAGACUGAACUUCAGCCGUCAAUAAAGUGAAUAUGAAAUUUCACUACUGGUUUCAACUCCUUUGAAAAUGUACUUUUCAGAUCUCUUGUUCUUAUUCAGAACUGCGUUUACAAAGAAAUUUUUAUAGUUUUCCUGUCUGCUUCAAUACUUCCCAAGUGACUGUUGGACAGCACUUAUGGAAAAACUAUUUCCUCCUGAAACACCUGCCCACUGAAUCUAUUCUAUGAAAUAUUUCUUAAACAAUUCAAGGAUCAAGC